AUUGGCUAGCGAGAAGUGGCGCCAAAUACGAGGCGGGCAGGGCGGCGGACAUGGAUGUCGGUCUGGGUUAAGAGGCAGAACUGAGGGCCCGAGCCGAGAGAAAACAUCUUGUGUCCGGCUACGCGGCGAAUACAUCACAACAACACCUUUACUCAGCUUCCAGGAGCCCGGCCGCACGGAUUUCUGUGUAGAAGAAUGGACUUGUCCAGCUUUGCCCCCACACCCCUCAGGGGCCCCAAUCGACUCCAGGGGCUCCCUGUGGUGAAAACGCUCUUCUGCGAGGCUGACACCGCCUCGGCCCUCUCGCCGGUCACCAACCUGGCGCUCAACAUGGACCAGCUGGCUGUCCUGGGAAGUCAAUGUGAAACUCCGAAACGUAAGCUGUCCGAUCGCUACUUCCUCCCCAGGACGGACUCGUCUGACUCCAUGGAUGCCGGUCUGGGUCUUGAUUCGCCGACUUCAUUGAGUUUGAGGGACCUGGAAGAAACGUUUGAGAAUUCAAUUUUCGACUCCGGCCAAUGCAAGAAUGCCAAGGUGCCUCUCGGAAGGAGAAGGUCCAUGCCGCAGAGCGGUCCGACAUUCAGAAGGAACCUAUCGGAAUCCUUGGACUGUGAAGUGUUUGGUCUGGGCGACUCUGAAGACAAAGAAAACGAGCCCUUCCAGUUCAAGUUACCGGUAAGGCCGAGCUUCAGAGGCGCGGUGCGAUCUCGGUGUCAUGGCGGUGGGAAGGAGCCUCUAGUACUGAGGCAGAAGUCUGCACCAGCGUGUUUGUUUGCCUCACCGGAGAAGGAUUUCGAGAUUCGAUCAUGUGACCUGCCAUUAGUAAGAAAAUCUUCCUGCACUUCCACUACUGGGAGCAGCGAUGACGGCUUCCUGGAUAUGCUGGAUGAGGAGGAUACAGAGACGGAAUCGGAAAUCACUCUUGGCGUUGCCAGUCUUAUGACGGCUCCCCUGGUUAUGAGAAGCGCGGGGCUGUUUUGUGAGGCCGAAUCCCCUACAAAGCGGUUUCCUGUGACCAGACCUACACUGAAGAGGACGGAGCGGGCGCAAGCCGACCUGCCGGAGAAAAUAAAGAGGCGGCGCAGCAUGUGCGAGGUGACAGACGACCACGAAGCUGAGAGGACCGGGAACCUGAAUCGCUCAAAAUCCUUCUCCAAAGAAACCAUAGAAAAUAUAUUUGACAGCGACCAAAGGGAUCUGAUCGGAGACUUCUCAAAGGUCUUCCUCUUUCCCACCAUCAGCGGGAGACACCAGGAGCUCAGGUACAUCGCCCCGGAGAUGAUGGUCAAGAUAAUAACCGGGAACUACGAUCCUUUCAUCGAGCGCUGUGUUGUCGUUGACUGCAGAUACCCCUACGAGUAUAACGGUGGUCACAUAAAGGGUGCCAUCAACCUACACAUGGAGCAGGAGCUGGAGGACCAUCUGCUGAGGAGCCCCGUCCAAUCCCACGGCACCAAUCGAGUGAUCGUCAUCUUCCACUGCGAGUUCUCCUCCGAGCGCGGACCAAGAAUGUGCAAGUUCCUACGUGAGAAGGACCGGGACAGGAAUGAGUAUCCCAGUUUGCAAUACCCUGAACUCUACAUCCUGGCUGGGGGCUACAAGGAAUUCUUCGCCAAGUGUAAGUCAUUCUGUGAGCCGCAGUCUUACCGUCCCAUGCUGCACGAGGACUUCAAAGAGGACCUGAAAAGAUUUCGCAUGAAAAGCCGGACCUGGGCCGGGGAGCGCAGCAAGCGGGAGCUCUACAGCCGCCUCAAGAAGCUGUGAGGGAGGUCGAGCGAGCGGCAUUCAUCCUGCUGAGCGGGAGAAGAUGGCGCCGUAAUGCCUCAACGCUUCAAAUUCCAUCAGAUUUGCACAGAAUUCUGGGAAAUGGGGUGGGGGGUCAGGCUUGUGUAUCCGGUCAGACCGGGGACUAUAACUGCCUGGAGCAGAUGUACCUCUGAGGUCAGAGACUGACCACUUCCAGAAUUUUUCUAAGGGCUUUAAGUUUUUUUACCACCCUACAGAUGGCGGCGGGAGGGAGUUGCUGGCCCUACCGGUUAAUUUUUCACACCGCCGUCCUGGUACAGAGACUUCGGGGACACGGUAAUCGAGGUUUGACUCUGCUUAUCUUGUACGCGGCAAUUUUAUUCUUACUUUUUCUUUCUCUGUUUGUGAAAGUUGAAGAAUCAGGAAUUUCGCACUGACGCGAUCGGGUUUUAUUCCAAAGGGUUUUUUGUUUUAUUUUUUUACCACGUUGGUGUAAACCUGGUUUGCAUGUUUUAUGGGUUGUGUUUUUAAUCAGUGUGUUAAAUCUACAGCACCGAAGCGCAGACUCUGCGAAAGGGUGUGAUGCAAGCUCUGUAUUCAAAUGUCGUUGUGGCACUGUUGCCCCUAGCAACCAUUUCAGUCUAGUUACUCUGGGCAACUGCUGCUUUUCGUAAAUCAGUCCUGUGGUAGGGACUUUGAAUGGUUUCCAAUCUAGUGGGGGGGGGCCCCUAUGGUUAAUGGCAUUAUAUUAUGGAGGAGCUGGCCAGAAGGCGGCUGUUCUCAUUGUGGGGGCAAGGCGGCUGUUCUCAUUGUGGGGGCAAGGCGGCUGUUCUCAUUGUGGGGGCAAGGCGGCUGUUCUCAUUGUGGGGGCAAGGCGGCUGUUCUCAUUGUGGGGGCAAGGCGGCUGUUCUCAUUGUGGGGGCAAGGCGGCUGUUCUCAUUGUGGGGGCAAGGCGGCUGUUCUCAUUGUGGGGGCAAGGCGGCUGUUCUCAUUGUGGGGGCAAGGCGGCUGUUCUCAUUGUGGGGGCAAGGCGGCUGUUCUCAUUGUGGGGGCAAGGCGGCUGUUCUCAUUGUGGGGGCAAGGCGGCUGUUCUCAUUGUGGGGGCAAGGCGGCUGUUCAGUUCCCCGUCUUGUACAAAUUGCAUCUAUAGACCGCCUGACCCUGACCACUAACUGUCAUGCGCUAAUAAAGUUUUAAUGUUUUUAUUCCAGCA